GUUCAUGUUCUUAUUAGUUAUGAGUCUUCUUAGACCACAAACCUCUCUCCUCUCCCUCUUUAUAAAUUGCAACUUCUUCCUCUGUCUUCUCACUUCAAACCAAAAACAUUCACCACUCACUACAAAGCAAAAGAAAGAAAGAUAGUGUAAACAGUACUACUAGCAAGCCCUUUUCCUGCUUCUUUCUCUUCUAAAAACAUACAAGAAAGAAAAUGAAAAUGAAGAUGAGCAGAACUAACAUGGAAGAUUGCUCCACCAAGAAAAGGAUUUCUUGCAGAAGGCUUGGAGGUUACCUCAGACAGCAAAAAGGAAGGCUUUACAUAAUCAGGAGGUGUGUAGUCAUGCUCCUUUGCUGGCAUGACUGAUUUAUAAUUUAAUCCAAGAUUUUGGAGCUUUUUCGAUUCAUCAUCAAGAUCAUCAUCACCAACCAUGAAGCCCUUGAAAAGCAAACUAUAUACAUAUAUAUAUAUAGAUUGAUCUCUCUCUAUAUAUGUACGCCAUUGAUGUAAGCUUGAUGCAUGGAGCCAGCUACUUCUUCUUCUUCUUCUUCUUCUUCUUCUUUAUGUUUUAAUUUAUUUUACUCGAAAUGUGUAAAUAGAAAAGAGAUGCAAAUGCUAGCUAGUCAAUUACUACUAAUUACAUCAGUUUUUUUCUUUAAUUAUUAAUUAAGCUUUGUUCCCAAUUUAAA